GAGAUGGAAGUCCAAAUUAUCUCUCGAGAGACCAUCAAACCUUUUUCGCCAACUCCAGACCACUUAAGAACCCAUAAGCAUAGUCUUUUAGAUCAGCUAGUCCCUCCUAUUUACCUCCCCAUGAUUCUCUUUUACUCGGCUACAGACAAAAAUGAUCCUAGAAAUUAUAAUAUUUCUGAUUACCUCAAAAAGUCCCUAUCCAAAGCCUUAACCCACUUUUAUCCAUUUGCUGGUAGGAUCAAGGAUGACUUAACCGUGGAUUGUAAUGAUGGUGGUGUGACAUUUGUUGAAGCUCAGGUGGCCUGUGACAUGUCGCUUGUGCUUGAAGAGCCAGAGAUUGAAGUACAACAGCUAUUACCGUGUGCUCCAUUCGAACAUUCACCUCCAACUCUAUCAAGUACUGAUCAGGUAACACCGCUUGCUGUCCAAGUCAACUAUUUUGCUUGUGGCGGUAUGGCCAUUAGUGUUUGUAUUAGUCAUGUUAUAGCUGAUGCAUCAGCUGCAGCCCACUUUCUAAAUGGCUGGGCUGCAGUUGCUCGUGGAGCUGAUAACAUUGAAGGUGUGAUUUAUGAUUCUAGCUCUCUCUUCCCUCCACGAGAUUUAUCAAUGUUUCGGAAGCACGUAGGGAGGCUUGUGGACGAGAAUAAGAAAGUGGAAUCACCUGAAGAUAAGUUUGUUACAAAGAGGCUCUUGUUUAAUGGCUCUAAAAUUACUGCUCUAAGAAAUGAAAUAGGAGAUGGACUCAACUUGUAUCGUCCAACCCGUGUUGAGGCUGUGACUGCGGUUGUUUGGGAAGCCCUCAUAAAUGCAACUGCUGAAAAUGAUGGACGUGGGACCUCGCCAAUACUUGCGGUAUCUAAUGCUAUGAAUUUAAGGAAGAGAAUGAAUCCCCCACUCCCACAGCAAUGCAUCGGUAAUGUUAGCUUCUCUAAACUGGUAAGUUCACUGAACGUGAAGAUAAAAAAUCGCAGCAAUCUGGCAAAAAUAGUUCAUGAGUCUAUAAAAGAGACGGAUGAUGAAUACAUAAGGAAGACGUUCACAAGGGGUGAAUGCCUUAAUUUAAUGGAGAAAAUAUGUGAGAAAUUUGAAAAGAAUUCGAAAGUAGGGAUGUUCAUGUUCAGUUGUUGGUGUAGAUUUCCAUUUUACGAAGUUGAUUUCGGAUGGGGAAAGCCCACAUGGUUCGAAUGUCCCUUGAGGGCUAACCGAGUUGGCUUUUUUGUGGAUACGAGUGAUGGCGAAGGAAUAGAAGCAUGGAUAACAUUGAGGAAAGAAGAAAUGGCCAAACUUGAAAAAGAACCUGGCAUCCUUGCUUAUGCCACUUUCAAGCCAAGCAUAUGA